AUGAAUUGCAGAUUUGAUUAAGAAAUCGAUUCCAAUCAGCAAAAACCCAUAAAUCAAACCAACUCUCAUUCCACCAAGUAAAAGAACUAUCUUUAUAAUUUAUUAAGUAAAUUAUACUAAAAUAUCAUUUUCAGAUAUUUAAUAACCUAUACACAAGGAUCAUCAAAAAUAUUCAGAUGAUAUUAAAAUUUAGUAACAAUCUAAUCAAUCCAUCAAUGGUCUACAUCAUAGACGAUCUUCAAAACCUAGAAUAUCAACUAUGCCAAAUUUAGAAGAAGAAGAAAGAAUUGACAGAAUUAGCAAUUAAUUCUAAUAAACUAUGGCUAAACUAGAAGAAGUUUAAGAAUUUAACUCUACCAAUAAUUAAGAUACUUAUAUUAAAAAAGUUAUUAUUGUAUAAUCCAAAAUUCGUUCCUAUCUUAUUAAAAGACAAUAUUUGCAUCUUAAGAUGUAAUUUCAAUAUAGAAAACGUGUUCUACAUGAACUUUUCAUUACUGAAUAAUCUUAUUGCUAAGCCCUUACUACAUUAAUCAAUACUUAUUUAAAACCACUUAGAGAACAAAAUAAAUUAAUAUCUUCAUAAAUUAUUUAAUAGAUAUUUUCUAAUGUGGAAGCCAUUCAAUAGCUAUCCGUAGAUGUUUUAGAAAUAUUUAGAAAAAAAUUAGAAUAAUUUACUUAUUAUUCUCUUGUUGCUGAUAUUUAAUUACAGUAACACAUCACCUUCUUCAAAAUAUAUUCAUCUUAUUUAGUCAAUUAUUAAAAGGCUUUUGGUCUACAAAUGAAACUAAAAAAGGAAAAUAAAUAAUAUAAGUAAUUCAUAGAUGCAAUUGAUAAAUCAAAUUAAGGCAAAACUUUAGAAACUUAUUUUUUAAUUUUACCUGUAUAAAGAAUACCAAAAUAUGUAUUAUUGUUUAAAGAUUUAUUAAAAAAUACCCCUUUAGAUCAUCCAGAUUAUUCUAAUAUCAAAUUAGUUCUUGAUAAAUUCGAAUUAGUUGCUAAUUAAAAUAAUAAAUCUAUGGAUAGUCUUCUUAAAAAUCAAAAAUUAUUUGAUUUAUAAAAAUAGUAUGGGAACUUUGUUAAAAUUCUUGAAUAAAAUAGAUAAUUUUUAAGAGAAGAAUCACUCCAUAUGUAUUUUACAAAAGGAAACUCAAUUAAACCUAUGAUAGUUUAUUUUCUUUCAGAUUUGAUACUUGUAACCGAAAGAGAUUAAAUAAAACAAGAACAUAAUUUUAAGACUUAUAUUAAACUCAAUCAUCUUAGCUAAUGUCAAUAAUUACCAGAAAUGCAUAAGUAUAAGCAUUUAUUUUAAAUAAAUGGUGUUAAUACUUCUAUAAUUUUUGUAGUUUAAAGUUAAAAUUCAGCACAAGAUGUGUAGGAAUAUAUCAAUUUAGUUAAUUAGGAAAUAAAGGAACUUUAGAAUAAAAAAGCAGAGAGAGAUAAAGCACUUUCUUAGAUGAUUCCUGAUAAAUAAAAAGUUAAUCCUUAUGAUUAAAUAAAUGUUUUUGUUUAAAUAAUUGGAACUGAAGAAGUAAUUGAUGCAUCUAAUAAUAAAUAUACUCAAUAUAUUUUUGAAAUAGAUAUAAAUAAUAAUAUAACAUAGAAAAUAUACUUACGAUAUAGUUUAUUUAAAAAAAUACUUCAAGAUGUAAAAUAAUUAUUUCCAAAGAUAAAAACACCUGAAAUUAAAGAGAAUUCUUAUUUUGAUAGAAAUGAAGCUGCAGUAAUAGAUGUAAAUAAAUAUAUUUUAUAUGAUUAGAAAAGGAAAAUAGUCAUGAUUGAAUUUUUAUAGAUAUUGUUAAAUUCAUCUGAAUUUAAGGAGAAUAAUACAUAAAAUAAGAUAGUUUUAGCAUAAUUAGGAUUGUCUGAAAACUUUUAUGAUUUACCAAAUAUUUUAAUGAAUCAACAUAAAUAAGCAAUUCAUAAUAUUAAUUUUAGAGCAUCAAGAAAGCCAACAAAUGGGAUUAUAGAAUUUUCAUAAAAUUCUAUUAGUUUUAGUUCAAAUGAAAAUUCUAAUUUUACAACAAUGUUCACAUAAAUUAGUUCUCCAAGAGAUGUAAUAAAAUAAAGUGAAGGAUAAUCAAGUGACCAAAAGUUUUCUGAUUAGAAAUUUGAAUAGAAUCUUUAAUAGAUACAUAAGGAUUCUAAAAGUCCUUAACCUGCAGUUAGAGGAUUGAGAGCAGCAAGUCUAAAAAAUGUAAGAAAGAUUUCAGCUACUCAAUUAUUAGCUGUAGAAAGUAAAGGAAAUUCUAGAUAAAGUUCAGUAGUAGAUAAAGACUUUUUAAAUUCGAUUUAAGUUAAGAUAAAAGUCAUGGUUUUCUUAAGUUUCAAGUAGGUUGAAAAAGAGUUUUUUAUAAACAAAGAUACAUCAGUUUUUAGUUUAAUGGAAGAUAUAGCAACUGAAAUAUAACUUUAAUCAGCUUAUGAUUUUAGACUAUAUUAUAUAGAUAAUUCUUAUUUAAAACCUUUAGAUAAUGAUGAAAAAUUAUGGAACUUUUUAGUAAGAUUUGAUGAACCUUUUGGAUUAUUUAAAAAAUCUUAGAAAGUUCCUCUUUACAAUGGAAAAUUACUUUAACUUAGAAAGCAUUUAUAUGUAUCAAAUAAAGAAGAAACAGAUUAUUAUACAUAAGAUCUAGUGAGAUUAUAAUUAAUUAGUUAUUAAUUAUUUGAUGAUAUUAGUAAUCUGAGAUUAACUUUAGGACCUAAAGAUCAUAUUCUUUAUACAGCUUUUUAUUUGUAUUUAAAUGGUUACAAAACAAUAGAUCCUAAAAAAAUACCUAUCAAUGAUAUUAAAAAAGUAAUUAAUAAUUUAAAUUAAAUAUAGUUUCUACCACCAAUUGCAAUAAAAAUUAUCACUUAGGAUGAAUGGACCAAUUUUUUACCUACUUUAGUAUAAAACUUUCAUUCCUAAAUUAUCAAUGAGAAAUAGAAUCAACAGAAAUAAAUAAGAUCAGAAUUAAAUAUGAUUCAUUAAUAAAAUGAUAUUUUUUAAUAAGGAUAGAUGACUGAAACUCAUUUUGCUUUAUUAGUCUUUUUGAAUUUGUUAAAAUCUAAAAGAUUUUUUGGAUUUUCUAAAUUUUCUGUUAAACCUGAUAAAGAAAGCAUAAAUAAGAUUAUUGAAUUAAGUAAUAAGUAUUGGAAUUAAAAAAAAAUGUAGGAUAAAUCAUUAUAAAAUCUUAAGACAGAAAAUAUAAAAGGAUUAACAUCAUUAUGUUUAGGUAUUGGAUAUAAUUCUAUAAUAUUUCUAUCAUCAUUCAUCUCAUAGUAAGAACUUUUAGAGGUAAGUUUUGAUGAAUUAGAAUCAAUAAGUUCAUUAUAAACCACAUUGACAAUAUAUUUUGAAGAUGUAUCUAAAAAUAAGAAUAAUGAGAAAGUUUGUUUAAAAUUAGAAACAGAGAAAAGCUAUUAGAUAAAAUAACUAAUAGAUGAAUAUUUUAAAUUAUAGAUGGAAAAUUAAAAUUUGGCAGAAGAAUACAUUGAGAUUAAAUGA